AUGGUUCACUCAAUGCUGUCCCCUCCACUGGACCUGUCCCAUCACUUCUCCUCGCUUACCAAAAGACGUGAGGCGAGUGAAAUAAAAGGCCUGUAUAAGUACUUCUUCAUCCCAGGCAUUGCAAACCUGGCCGGCGGCCUGCCGAAUGCGUCAUUCUUCCCCUACGAUACCCUUGAAGCCACCGUUGCCCAUCCGGAGCGUUUUUCCACCACACCCGGCAAUGACCAAACCAAGAACCCCGGUGACUCCCAAUCAACGGAGCGGAGAAUUGUCCCGAAAGAAAGCCAGACCACCAACCUCCUGAAGAAAAUCGACCUUACCACCGCCCUACAGUAUGGGACUGCAGAGGGCUAUCCGGUUAUGGCCGAUUUCGUCCGGCAGUUCACCCGCAACCACCUUCAUCCGAAUGUCCCCUAUGCUGGGGGGCCUGACACCCUCCUCACGUGCGGUUCCACCGACGGUUUCUCCAAGGCCAUUGAAACCUUUACCAGUCCCUGGGAUCCUCGACGGGACUGGAUCAGCCAACGCGAAGGUAUCCUGUGCGAGGAGUUUGUAUAUAUGAAUGCAAUUCAAACUGUGAACCCGCGGGGACUCAACGUCGCUCCAGUGGCCAUGGACGCACAGGGCAUGCUUGCGCACGGAAAGGGCGGGUUGGCUGAUGUUCUCGAAAAUUGGGAUUUCAGAAAAGGCCGCCUUCCGCACCUGAUGUACACAAUCACGAUCGGCCAGAACCCGACGGGCGGAACCUUAUCGGUUGAGCGCAGAAAAGAGAUCUAUGCUCUCUGCCGACAAUAUGACAUCAUCAUCAUAGAAGAUGAUCCGUACUGGAACUUGCAGUAUCCCUCUGCUGCGGCUAUGGAGGCCCAAUUUCGAGGAUCAGCUGCUGUAGAUGUAACCCCGCGCAAUUACAACGCCCAUGGCCGGUCCUCCGGGUACGAGUUUCUCGAUUCCUUGGUGCCAUCGUAUCUCUCCGUCGAUACGGACGGGCGUGUCGUGCGCCUUGAUACUUUUUCCAAGACAAUAGCGCCGGGUUGUCGUCUGGGUUGGAUUACGGCUCAGCCGGCUAUAAUCGAACGGCUGACUCGCCUCACAGAGACGUCAACUCAGCAGCCAUCAGGGUUUGUGCAGGCCAUGGUGGCCGAACUGAUUGUGGGCCAGCAGACUGAAGACGGUCAGAAAAACAAAAGUAAAAAGAGCGAGCAAGCCUGGCAGAUGACCGGCUGGGUUCGUUGGCUGGAGGGACUCCGCGCGGGAUACGAGCGGCGCAUGCAGGCAAUGUGCACGAUUCUCGAAGAGGGCAAGUAUUCCAUCGACGCUGGUAGUGUCUCCGAUGAUACACACGAUGAGGGCGCCUGGGAAGUCCUGGAUAAGGUGCAGAUGUACGAGUUUUCUUGGCCCACCGGCGGCAUGUUUGUUUGGAUCAAGGUCUGCAUCGAGACACAUCCUUUGCUGCACCAGUUCGGCCAGGAAAGGCUGAGCAAGGCCUUGUGGGUGCAUUUGAUGCAGAAGCCGUACCUCUGCCUGUUGGGUCCAGGAACAAUGUUUGCUCCUACGCCGGAGGUUCUGGAGCGGGCGCAGGAAUAUUAUAGAUUGUGCUUUGCGGCGAUGCCUGCCGAGGACGUGCCAGGGAUUAGCCAGAGGUUGGUGGAUGGAUUCCGCACGUUCUGGCAGCGGAAGGAUCUAGAUGGCCUGGACGAUGAUGAGGAGGUGGCCCUGAAAAGGCUGCAGGUAGAGAUCGCGAUGCGGUCGGGACCUUCAACCCCCGCCGGCGUCAGUUCACCACCGCUGUCACCACUGCCGAGGCUGCCACCCUCCGGGCUCAGUGAAAUGAAAAUGACAUCGCCCUUGGAGGUAUUGCAGAAUACCGAUCUGGCCGAAGAAAUAGAAGCCAUCAAUGCCAUCUACGAUCCGGAUACCCUCACCAUCACGACGACUACCUCGACCGGACCAACCCUCGAUCUGGGAGGAUCCUCUUCAGACUCCCCUCCGACCACGAUAAAACUCCAACUCCCCGAACAUCCUCACCUGUCCUUCCUCCUCGGGUUUGAUUCAACGUACCCCGACACCCCGCCUAAAAUCUUGGGCACAGCAUCCACCGCGUCAAGAGGAGAGGGUAAACUCGCGGUCGAUGUAUUAGAAGAGAUUCUCGGCCGGACAUACCAAGUCGGCGCCGUAUGUCUGUUCGACUUGAUCAAUGACGCUGUCCAGGCAUUUACGGAGUUGAAUAUUGGCGGCGCCAAUAGCAAUGAUACUCACGCGCAAUCAGUCGCCGAGACCGCGAUUGAAGAUGAAAACCAACUAACACCAGAAUCCACCGUCCCCGACCACCGCACAUUCAACCUCACCAGCCCGCCGCAAUGGAUCCUCUCCGAUAUAAUCACCGAAAAGAAAUCCGUAUUCGUGGGACGCGCUGCACAUGUUACGAGUUUGGACCAGGCCAAGGCAUUCCUGGAUCAUCUUCUCGCGACAGAGAAGAAGGUCGCGACCGCGACACAUAAUAUCAGUGCAUGGAGGAUACGUGAGGUGAAAUCUACUGCUGGCGGUAGUAAUGGCGGAGGGAAAAACGGGGAUGCUACGGAGAUGAUUGUGCAGGAUUGUGAUGAUGAUGGGGAGACGGCUGCGGGUGGACGAUUGUUGCAUUUGAUGCAGUUGAUGGAUGUGUGGGAUGUGGUGGUUGUCGUGACGAGGUGGUAUGGGGGGGUGUUGUUGGGGCCGGAUCGGUUUCGCAUUAUCAAUGCGGCGGGGAAGGACGCGUUGAUGAAGGGGGGUUUCGUGAGGGAGAAGGCCGGGGAGAAGGGGAGGAAGAAGGGAAAGAAAUGA